AAAAAAAAUUACAUUCUUCUUUCCUCUUAAACCCUGCUAGUACAAGGCAGAAUGGACUCUUAUUUCCCCCAGUAAGAGGUAUAGCCCCCAGACUUCCAGACUGGCCAGUGUUUCCAGCUGGCAAAUGUGAUAGCAGCCAACAUUAUCCUUUUGGGAAAGAGAAGGGGGCAGGCAGUGUUCAGUGAACUUGUGGGUGGAGGUGAGACUAGGCUAGCUCACCCAAUCUUAUCUUGCCUGGCAUUGCCUUUCAUCAUUCAGAACCCAUUCCAACAAAGGAUCAGCUGGCAAGAGCAAGCCUCAGCCUCUCACUAUACUGAUGCUACCUGGUUGUAUCUCUGCUAGUAGAUUUUAAACUCCCCAAGGGCAGAAAUUAUGUCUUACAUAUACCUUAUAUCCCCACAAAGUGACUAGCCCAGGGUCACACAAGUUUAUAAAUGCACGCAUAGGUAUUGAGCAACUAAUUGGUGGGCACAGACCACCGAUAGUGAGGGAGGGGAAUCAGAACUAAGACUUGGUUUCUAGUCAAGAGUUUACAUCUUUAUGGGAGAGACAAAGCAGAUAUAUGAGAAAUAAUAUUAAGCUAAAUUAUCAAAUACUAGAUUGAGGGAAUUGAAUAUGUCAAUAGGAGUUUCUGAACUUAAGAAAUUCAGAGAAGAGAGUGAUCAUGUGGGUUAGAGCUGGGACACUCUUCUGAAGAGGUGUGAGUGAAAAAGAGUUCCUGUGACUGAUAACCUUGGGCACCUCUGAAGCUCUUUAUUUCCUUCUCCCAUCAUGACAUGGAAGUUCUUAUUGAUUCCAACACUCCUGGCAUUGGGACUGGGCCUCCCCUAUGUGGCUGGAGCAGAGUCAGUGUUUUUGAGAAAAGUUGAAGCCACCAGGAUCUUGAGGCUACGAAAGAGAGAGAACCAGUUCCUGGAGGAACUGAAACAAGGAAACAUUGAAAGGGAGUGUGUGGAAGAGAGCUGCUCCUUUGAAGAAGCCCGGGAGGUUUUUGAGUCCCAAGAGAAAACGAUGGAGUUCUGGUUCUACUACAAAGAUAAAAAUCCCUGCAAAUCAAACCCCUGUAAAAAUGGGGGUGUGUGUCAAGUGAAGCACUAUCAGAUGGUUUGCGUUUGCCCACCCCGUUUUGUGGGGGAACACUGUGAAACUGAGCAACGCCAAUGCUGGUACCAAAAUGGUGGCUGCUGGCAGUACUGCCAGGACCAGGAAUCCAGCCACGCAAAAUGUUCCUGUGCUGAGGGCUACACCAUAGCAGAGGAUGGGAUGAAGUGUGAGGAGAAAGCCUUGUUUCCUUGUGGGCUCAUCAAAGUGGCCAACACCAGGGAUCUUCAGGAAGAAAUCUCCCAGGACAAUAUGACAUAUGGGAACAUGUCCUGGAAUGCAACUGAAGAAGGGAUUUCUUGGAGCAAUGAGACAGAGGACAGAACCAAGAUCAUUGGAGGAUCUUUCUGUCACCUGGGAAAGUGUCCAUGGCAGGUCUUGAUCUGGAAUGAAAAAAAUUAUGACUUCUGUGGUGGAAGCUUACUCAACAGUCGCUGGGUGGUCACCGCUGCACACUGCUUGGAGAGCAUGAAGCCACACUAUGUGACUCUAGGUGAUCAUGACAAGUUUUUAAGAGAGCCAAGUGAAGAGAAGAUUCCUGUGAAGGAAAUUCAUACGCACCCUUACUAUGUCUUUGAGAACUAUGACAAUGACAUAGCCCUUCUCUACCUGAGCAGAGAUGUGGUUUUUAACAAAUACAUUCUUCCUAUUUGCCUUCCCAAUCAUAACCUGGGAACACUGCUAACUAAAGAAGGGAAAAUAGGAAUGGUGAGUGGGUGGGGAUCCACAUACUACCUAGGUCCUUCCUCCCGUUUCCUCAUGCGUGUGGAUUUACAAGUGAUCAGCAUGGAAACCUGCCAGAAAUCAACAAACAAGAUAGUCACAGACAACAUGUUCUGUGCGGGUUAUGGUAUGGAGGCGAAGGACUCUUGUAAGGGAGAUAGCGGUGGGCCCCUGGCUGUGUUCUACCGGGACACCUGGUACCUGCUGGGUGUUAUCAGCUGGGGAGAAGGCUGUGCUGAAGAAGGCAAGUAUGGCGUCUACACUCGAGUUUCCAAUUAUGUUUCAUGGAUCAAAGAGACCAUUGAAGCUGUGACCAAGGCCAGUGAUGUAACUCCCGCUUCAAAAUGAAAAAUGAUCUGACCAAAGUAUACCUUUCAAUUCAUGGUGGGAAGGAAGGUUCCCAAACCUGCUGACUUAGUGUGGAAGUCUGAGGACGCCUAAUGCCAAGUGAAACUUCACCCUCCCCAGUGUUGUUUUUUAGUAAAUAAAAAUAACCUAUAAAGGUAUCUAUUAUAA